GCCUUGCCGGGCCCAGGAGAAACUGGGGGGCCCCUGCCCCGGAGUGGGUGUCUCCCAGCCCUGGAGGCUCCAGUUUGGCUGUGGGGAGAUGGCCUUGCCUUGGCUCUGUGGGGGAGGGGUGUGUGCGCCCCUCCCCCACGGUGGGGGCCUGGGUGGGCCUUGGGCCUGCGGGGCUGGAUCAGCAGCAGGAAGGCCGACACCACAGGACUGUUUGCGUUGGCAGGGCCUCCCUGGCUCCUCAGAGCUGCCUCAGAGCCCGCUCUGCCUGGGGGCCCCCCCGGGUAGGUGGCUGUGUUCUCCUCUACGCACUGAUCUGCCCCCGCUGGGGUGUGUGCCCCCAGGCCGGGCCCCUGCUGCCUCUUAGCUGCUGGGGCGCACAGUAUGCCACGCCACUGGCAACCUCCCAUCUUUGUUUCGGAUUUUGGGGUGGUUCCUCUUCGAGUGGGACCUUGGUCUGGCCAGGUGGGUGCCCAUGGCCUUCUCAUGGCUUCUGCUCCCUUGGGGUCCCGCAGCUGCUCGCCACCCCAGAGCCCUGGAGAGUCAGGAAGACCCAGCCCAGGACUGUAGGUGUGUUUGUCUUGGGGCUCUCCCUCAGCUCUGUCCUUGUUGCCUGCUGCAGGUACCAUUCCGGGGGAUGCAGGCUUGUCAGACCCUGCCCUCAAAGGAAGCCCAGAACAGGGAAUGGGGAGGGAGGCUUCCUGGAGGAGGAGGCUGGGCCUGGGUGAGAGAUGGAGCCAGCUGUGGUCCUGUCUGGUCCCUGCAUCCUGCCCCAACUGCAGGGUUGUGUCUGGGCUGCCCUAGAUGGGAGUGGGAGGCUCUGGACUCACGGAGGAGCAUUGUGGGGGCCGGGAGGGCUAGAGGUCAUUCAUGGAGGGUCCACGGGCUGCCUUGGGGGCGAGGGCUGCGAGUGUGGCUGGGCAGUGGUCUCCUCCAGCCUCGGCUUGGUGUUGGCCAUGGGACUUCCUCAUUUUGGGGGGCCCAGGGGGGUUGGGGGGUUGCUGGUGGAUCUGCCCUUUGGGCCCUGCCUGGGAGGCCCAUCCCCCCUGAUGCCCAGGUCUUGAGGUGUAGGGGCAUGGUGGGGUUUGAUGCAUGGUUUUUAGCUUCUAGAAUGUUGCUGUGGGCUUUGGGCUCCAUAGCUCCUGGAGAGGGGGCUUAUCAAGGAAAGUGGAUGAGGUGUGUUCCUUUCCUGGCUGCCCCCCUCCUCCCCCCCCCCACUGCCCUUGCUACUUUCUGGGCCUGAAACCCCUCCUUGUUUGCUUCAUCCCUGGGCACAGGGACCCCCAGGUGCAUCCUCUCCUCACUGAGGUUCUGGGGAGGACUCGUAUGAGGUCACCUGCAGACGUCCGUCUGCUCACUGGCCUCUCGCCAGCCUCAAACGUAGGUCGGGUGGACUGGCAGCAGUGGGCACCCAUGAGAGGAUGAGUGUGGGGGGUGGACAUCUGCCAUGCUGAUGUUUUGAACCUCUGCAGUCCCCUCCUGCCCUUGAGCUGCUGAGAAGACUGCCUGCCCCACCCCCAGGCUGCAAGGAGCACCUGGUCUGAGGAGUGAGAUGUGGGGGGCCUGACUGGGAUGCCUUCAGACACCCCCCUGCCCCGUGAGCUUGGAGUCCCCUCCUCAAAGGCCCUGGCUGGUGGGGGAGGGCAGAGUCGUCCCAUGAAUGCCGAUGGCAGGGGAACAGGCCUGGUGAGUCAUCACCAGCUGGCUCGGUGGGGAGAGAGUGAGGUUGAUGGCUCAGGGCAUAUAUCUGCUUGGAUCCCAGGAAUGGUUGGGCUGCAGGGCAUCUUAGGGGAAAUGGACACCGAAGGCUGGACCUCUGGGGACCAUGCCAUGACCGCCACAUGCCCUGAACACGUAUAUUCUCUGGCUCCAGCCUGUCUUGGCUGCACUGACCAUCGGUCCACCUGCUGGCUCACCUUCAAGGGAACCAAGCACCGCCUGGCUUCUUUCCCGCGGCAAGCCCAGAGCUGAAGCGCUGCAGCAUGGCGCGCGGCUGCCUCCAGGGCGUCAAGUUCCUCAUGUUCGCCUUCAACCUGCUCUUCUGGCUGGGAGGCUGCGGCAUCCUGGGUGUUGGCAUCUGGCUGGCUGCCACCCAGGGGAACUUCGCCACCCUGUCAUCCUCCUUCCCGUCCCUGUCGGCCGCCAACCUGCUUAUCGUUACCGGCACCUUCGUCAUGGCCAUUGGCUUCGUGGGCUGCAUCGGGGCCAUCAAAGAGAACAAGUGCCUCUUGCUCACCUUCUUCGUGAUGCUGCUCUUGGUGCUCCUGCUGGAGGCCACCGUCACCACCCUGUUCUUCGCCUGCACUGACCAGAUCGACAGGUAUGCCCAGAGGGACCUAAAGAAGGGUCUGCACCUGUAUGGCACCCCAGGCAACGUGGGCCUCACCAACGCCUGGAGCAUCAUCCAGACCGACUUUCGCUGCUGUGGGGUCUCCAACUACACCGACUGGUUCGAGGUCUAUAAUGCCACUCGCGUGCCGGACUCCUGCUGCCUGGAGUUCAGUGAGGGCUGUGGCCUUCACGCACCUGGCACCUGGUGGAAGGCGCCAUGUUACGAGACCGUGAAGAUGUGGCUCCAGGAGAACCUUCUGGCUGUGGGCAUCUUUGGGCUGUGCACGGCGCUGGUACAGGACUCAGCACCAACCCUGGAUGCCCCCGCCCCCGGACCCUCAGCCAGCCCUGCGAACACCGAACACCGUGCUGGAGGAGGUCGCCAAGUGCUAGCAAUGUGGGCAGGGCUGGGGGUGGGAGGAGCUUUUCAUACCCAUGUAUUCUCCAGAGCUGCGCUCCCCCCGGCUGGGGUCAUUCACGGGUGGGGGUGGGGGUGAAGGGCUGACCGCUGGUCCUGGUGCUCAAGGUGGGGCUGUAGCCCCACCGUCCACAUUCCACAGCCGAGCCCGUGCAGGCUCUGGGUGCAUCUUAAUAAAGUGCGUGGGCAACAGCCCCCACCCGAGUGUCUGUUGCUGCCCUGAGCCUCUGGGGGGGUGGUGCCCAGACAGACCGUGUGUGGCCGUGGGCCCCCCCACCGUAUGCCCAGUGCCUGCAGUGGGGCUCCUGCACAUGCGUGGGGCCAGCCACCAAACCUCCGUGAAAUCAGACACAGGAAGUGGUGCAGAGGUGCCUCAGGACGGCCCUGCGCCUCUGACCCCCCUCCACGUAGGCCCAGGGCGUUGCCUGCCCCCAGGGGUCUCUGUUCCUGUGAACUUGGCCCCCGAAUUGUUCAUCUGUAUGGAUUCUACAAAUAAAAUGGGCUGUCAGGA